AUCUCCUCAUCUUCACACUUUCAUCGUCCUAUCCUCCGACCUCGAUUCUUCUUCGCCCACCUCACUGACUCUGCGCCCGCCUCAGCGUACAGUCAUCAUGACCCCGUCCAAGGCGUUGUCUCAAUCUGUCGGCCCAUCGAGUACCAAACCCGCACCCGACCGCCGCUCGUCCGAUCCGCCUCUCGAGCCGCACGACCUCCUACAUAUACCGGACAAGAAGACGAUCGUCCGCAAGGCACAUCUGCACGCGCCAUCACCCCUCGUCCUCCCUCCAGCCGUCACGUCCGAGGACCUCGUCAGCCCCAUGUUCCGCACGCCAUCGCCACCCCCGCUCGUCCUCGUCGCUGCGGCGCCGUCUAACCACGCCUCCGUGUUUAUGACGGCGCCCAAGCUCCAGAUCGACACGUCGGCGCCUGCAAAGCUUUGCAGUGCUGCGUCCCAGCCUGUCGACGCGUCCAUCGCGGACUCGUCAACCUCCAAGAUCAUUGAGGUGCAGGCCAUCGCAGAGGAGGACGCGCACGCCGACCUCCUCCAAGCUGAUGGCUCGCCUACUUCGCCCGCGCCAACGGCCACGCCCCCUCCCACACCCGCCACCGGGACGGCGAACAUCUCGAUCGGCUCGUCACUCUCCAUGGCCGCCUCUGCCCCGGCGCAGGGGCUCGAUGCGCGCCGGCACUCAUUCCCAUCCACUCCGGCUGCACCCGCGCCUCCUGAGCCGGUACGCCCUUGAUGCCCUUUCUCCUGCGCCCUCAGUGAUAGGUCUAUGC